UUUGACAGUUUGUUGUGAAUCGUGCGAGCGGUAACAAACACACGGUCAAAUUUCCAACGAAUUCAAUAAUAGUUUUAUUGAAUAAAAAUAGAGCUUCAGGCGAAAUUAUCGUUACUAAAGAGCGAUGAUAUCGCGAGUGCAAAAUACCCCAUAGUUUUUUAGCGUGUCAUUUCGAAGGGUGGACAUGUAAUUAAAUUGGAUGUUCCUCCAAAACAAGGGCAAUGGCAAAUUAUUGGGUCUGUGCCGCUCUAUUUAGAUGCCUCCUUCCUUUACUCAUAGGAUCAUGUAUAGUAUUUCGACCAUCAGUGCUCUCAGCGUUAUACUUUUUGCUGCUAUGCUACACACCGUUCGUGCCGGUGCCUACGGAGGGCACCAUGCCGGGCCAUUCCGGCAUAUUUUUGAAAAUAUUCAUUGCCAUCUCCACACUAACAACAUUAGGACAACUAGGAUUUCAAAUAGCAUUAUUCGCUAUGCCACCAUAUGCCAAUUUUUUAAAGGACUGUGAAUUUUUAGAAAAACUCCUACGCCACGUGGGAUUCGUAAGACUGAAUAACAUAUCGGUGAACAACGCGUUCACAUGGAUCUCACCCGAACCCAUCAUGCUAAUCACUUCGGUGGUUUUUUACGUGCUAUUCAAAAAACUGACUGCGCCAAACCCAGACGCCUCCCAAGAAGAUACGAGAACGGAGAGCGAACGAAGAGACGAAGAGGUCAAAACCAGAAAGAAAUACUUGUCGUUUGUUGUCGGAGUUGGUCGAUAUGGCGUCCUUAUUACACUCUGUCUGGCCGCCAUUCUCCGACCGUCCAUCGUGGGCGGCCUCUAUUUCCUGAUUUUCUUAUCCGUGGCCACCUGGUGGGCGUGCUACAAACAGCUGCGCAGAGGGUUCGCCAUUCUGAUGUGCUGUCUAUUGCCGAUCGUUUUUGCUCAUAUGAGUGCCCUCUACGCUUACCAGUUUCAAUGGCCGCAAGAACUGUUGGAUAAAAAUAGCACAUGGGCAAGAUAUUUUGGUUUGACGCCUUUGAGGAGUUCAAGCUGUAACGGUACCGAUGAUCCUCGCACAUUUAAUUUUGAACAAGCAGAAUGGGCCUCUUACGUCAACCCUUUUGCUUUGUACUGGCUGUUUUAUAUUUUGGUUUUGGAGGCCAAAGCUUUACUUCAACCAGAUGCAUCAGUUCGGAAACCAUCUGACAGUUCAGAUCCGACGGAAGAUACCCCAUUGAUAAGAGGUGUGAGUCCAAACAGAAGAUAUGGUUCGAGUAAAAGAAGUGCUAUUAUGCAGGACUCAACUGGGAGCGUUACAGUUGACGGGGAACACCCGGAAGAGAUUCCGAUGGAUGAUAUGGGCAAUGCAGAAGAUGAAUUCCAGCCAACCAUCAUAGAAAAUCUGAUAUAUUUCUUGGAGAAUGUUCUACAACUAAUAAUUAAAGUUUCAUAUUUGGGCACCAAUAUCAUUAUGAUGGCAUGGAGUAUCACAUUUAUCAGCUGGAUCACCUUCGUCCUCUUAAUUUGGGCCAACCUCAUCUGGCUCGUUCCCAACCAAAGAAAGAGCAUGCUCCGGUCCAGUCCUUUCCUCGUCUUCUACGCCUGGUUCCUCCUUAUAUCCGCCUACAUCUACUCCAUGAAUCUGACCGAACAGGAACUGCCAUCCGUCAUUCAGGGAAUCAACUUGUCCCAAAUUGGAUUCGAUAAAGUUCUGAUAUUGCCUUGUAAAUCCCUGGUGGUUAAAUGUCUGUAUACGUGCAUGUUUUGGAUCACGUUGAGGCAGUAUAUGCAAGAGAGGUUGAUUGAGAAGCAGUCUAGUGCUUUAGCUGAUAUGGUGGCUCCUCUGCAACUAACCGUAGGCGCUGCUACUUCCGGUACUUCGGGCGAAGCAAAGAAAACAGAGACCAAAAUAAUGGAAGUGGUCGGAGGUUAUUUGAAAAAGUUUUUAACCAAAUUCUGGAUUUGGGUUGUCGCAAUUACGUUGUUUGCUGUUGCCAUAACCGGACAAAGGAUGACCGGGUUCCGUAUUGUUUAUAUGGCACUGUUUCUUAUCUUUAUACUAUCUUUUCAGUUGUCCUUUACCAUUUGGAGAAAAAUGAUGUUCGGAUUUUGGCUGGUAGUAAUCAUUUUCUCUAUGUUGGUACUGGUUUUGACUUAUACCUACCAGUUCGAUAACUUCCCGGAAUAUUGGAAGGAAUAUUUGCAUGUCAAUAAAGAGCAACAGCUGGAUAUUGGACUAGAGAAAUUCGAAACAAAGCAACUCUUCGUCAGGCUUGUAACACCAACCUUCUUCGUUAUUAUCACGGUGAUUCAGUUGCAUUAUUUCCACAAAGAGUUCAUGGAAUUAUCCGAUCCCAAGAACACUACAGCCAUUGUGGACGAAAGCGAUGAGGAUUUAAACGAGAGUUCCAUGCAAGGCGGCGAAGUGAUUGAGAGAAGCGAAAAAGACGAACCGACUUCGUCCUGUUACAAGUUCGAAUUAAGCGAUUUUGAUAACAUCACAUUAAAAGAAGUCCUCGAAAAAUGGCUGACCAGACUACAGAGAUACCUAAAUCUGUUUUAUAUAUUUUUGGAGAUCCAUAUGCCGCGAUUAGUGCUAUUUUUCGCCAUGUUGCUGUGCAUUUAUGACAAGUGUGCCUUAUAUUUCAUUCUGAUACUGUUGAUACCGGCAUCUUUGACUUUGGGAAGACCGGUACAGUUAUUUACCAUUUAUUCAAGCUCUAUAUUGGUAUCACUGUUUUUACUAGCGCGAAUGCUGUACCAAAUUAAAUAUAUUGAUCCGGGUAUUUGGAAUGUCACUUGUAUCGCAGAAAAUAGUACUGGAAACCAAACCGACAGGAUAGAAAACAACAUGCAUUGGUUGGGUUUCGAUAAAUCCGACCAAGUCGGCCGAUCCGUCCCCAGUUUAGUCAAAUGGAACAUAAUUUAUAUCUUAAUAGUGACGUUAUAUUCCGUCAUUUUGGUACGUCAGUAUUACUACAGAGUGGCCAGAGGUCGACCCACCACAAGAGCCUUCUUUAUGUUUCCCAGAAUCACCAGGGCAGAUGCGGAUAAGAAUUUACAAAAUAUGCUUAAAUAUCUAGCGAAUUAUUCGUACUUUAAAUUCGGUGUUGAGAUAAGCUUUAUGGCAACAGUAGCUGUGAUAGCCAUUCGUAUGGAUUUGUACGCAGUAUUUUACUCUUUUUGGUUGGUGAUACUGUAUUCCCUGAAAAGGAGUACUUUGUCAAAAGUUUGGGUGUUUUAUGUGUUUUUUAUCGCCCUACUUUUACCCGUUCAGUACUUCAUGGUUGUUGGUUUGCCGCCCACUUUAUGCAUAGAUUACCCGUGGAAUGAAAAUCCUCUUUGGAUCAGGCUCCAAGAGUGGGCUUACCUUAUCAACGAUAAGUACCCCCCGAAUCCAAAAAGACUGAUAUGGGACUUUUUGCUUCUCUUCUUCGUGUCCCGUCAGUGGGUGGUGUUUAGGAUAGAAGGCCGAUAUUCUGGCAGGAACUACGCGGGAGGAAGCAACGAUUCUAUAAUUCAUUUGGCGGAAGAUAAGAAUUUUGAAAACCCUGUUCCAGAUUUUAUUACUUACUGCAGGUCUUACCUUGAUAUAGCGAAAAGAUGUAUACUGUGUAGUUUAUUCUACGCAACACUUGCAGCUGUAUUUUUGGCCGGUACGAAUCGAACUAACUUGUUUUCUGUCGGUUACCUCAUAGGCACAUUCCUGUUUUUAUGGGAAGGUUCAGACAUGUACUUGCGACCGAUAAAAGAUAUUAUAAAAAAAUGGAAUUGGUUGUUAGGUUAUAACGUAUGCGUCAUUUUAAUAAAGGCCUGUUUCCAAUUGAUCGGCUGUGUAUUUGUGCACGCCUAUCAAGGAGAGUGUCAUUGGUUGAUGUUGUUCGGUAUAGGCUGUGUGAGAAAAUUCGGAAACAUAGAAGAAAUCGCCGAUUUACCUAGUUCAAGUCAAUGUAAAGUCCCUAGGGAAUACCUGGGAUUGUUUUGGGAUGGGGUCUGUUUCGGUUUAUUAAUAAUGCAGAAACGUCUGUUCCAAAGUUACAAUUUCUUCCACAUGAUCAACGAUACCAAAGCUACGACAAUUUUAGCUUCCAGAGGUGCCGAGCUAAUAGAAGAAAUGCGAGUGAAGAGGAUGGACGAACAAAGCGAAGAUGAAAGGAGAAUCUUGGAAAAAAUUAAAAUCAAAAUGGACCGUAUCAAAGCAAACCAGCAAAAGAUUCAAGAUUCAGUUUUAGAGCGUAGGCCUAUGUAUAGGAGAAGUCAACCAGUAACGUUUAAACAGGCUAUUCGAUCUGGCGAUUACUACAUGUUUGAUGAGCUGGACGAUGAGUUGGAUUUACUUCCAGAAGAAAUUAGGGAUGAUGAUGAGAAAUCGGAUAUGCCUACAAUGGGCGAAUUUUUGAAUGCCGCUAUUAAAACGGACAUGUCAACCGUUUUGCGUGAACGGCGCAAGAGCAUGAAGCGGCGCUCGAGCGUGCCGCUGGCUAGAAAAAAGUCUGCGCGGUCCACAAUGUCCGCCCCGCUACCCGCUCCCCCAACAGUUGAAGAACCGACAUCGAAGAGCGUCACGAUAAAGGAAGAUCCUCAGCCUAGUACCAGCAAGGACGAUGAGAUUAGUGAAAUAACUGAACCAAGGGAAUAUACGCUGUUCCAAAAAUCCAUGCAUUGGCUCGUAUUUAUAUGGGCGUUUAUCGAAAGCGGUAUGAUCAGUCUAACGAACUUCCUCAACAGAUAUUCCAGAGAUUACAGAUACGUUCUCAAAACUUUAGGAAAAGAACGGCAAACUCUAAAGGAAAAAACUGAAUACGAUGUAGGUGUGAGAAUAGGCUCCAACCAACUCUGGCAUCCUGCUGGGUCAUUCCAUGACCUAAUGAGACAGUCAACGAGAAGUUCGAGCUCUGAAAAACCGCCAGAAGAAGAAAUGUCAUCGGUGGACCAGCCUCCUAUAGUGCGUCUGCUGCUGGCCAUCUGGUAUGUCAUCAUGAGCCGAUCGGAGUGGUUGUGCUACUUUGCCAUUUUCCUGAACCAAGCGAAGAGAGCCACGUUUCUGUCACUGCCGCUGCCGCUGAUGGUGUUCUUCUGGGGUUCCCUCACGAUACCCAGGCCAUCUAAGACGUUUUGGGUCACUAUCAUUGCUUAUACUGAGCUGGUGGUGUUAAUCAAAUGUUUAUUCCAAAUGGAUAUCAUACCAUGGAACGAAGAUAUUUAUGGAAACAAUCCAUUCUUUCCACCUAAUAUCAUUGGAAUACAAAGAAGGAAGAAUUAUGCCAAUUGGGACCUUGUUCUGCUAUUAGCAGUAUUCUUCCACAGAAUGAUGUUAAAGUCGAUGGGUAUUUGGAAAUCAUCGAAAGAACCUCAAGAACAAGUAGCAGCAAUGGUACCUGAAGGAGAGUACAAACUAAUUGAUGGAAGACUAGUACCUGUCGGUGGAAAUAGCAGCAGUAUUGCCGCACCUGUUACCAGUUCUCCGUCAUCACAACAUUCGACAAGUGAUAGUGGAAAGUCUCAUGGUAAAGGAAAGAAAAAACUGCCUUCGAUACACGAUGGGGGAGGGGAUAGACCACCUUCGCCUGAUCCAGGCGACGAAUCGCAAAUUCUCUCGUUGGAAAGUGUGGAAGUCAAUCACUGCGAUCAUAUUCCACAGUCAAUAAAAUUAGGAGCUGCAAAAUACGCUGAGUCGGUGCGCAUAUUUUUUCAACAAUUAUUAGAUCCAACGGCACGUGUAGCCGCCGAUGUAUACACUUUUAUGUUCCUCUGUGACUUUAUCAACUUCUUUGUUCUUCUCAUUGGAUAUUCUUCGUUCGGGUCCCAAACAAGCGAUGGAGGUUUCAAAGCUUACCUUGAAGAGAACAGAGUACCUCCUAUGUUUCUGUUUAUGCUUAUACUGCAAUUCAUGCUGAUCAUUGUCGAUAGAGCCAUCUAUUUGAGAAGAAACAUACUGGGCAAACUAAUAUUCCAAUUUAUACAAGUCGUGAUACUACAUAUUUGGCUUUUCAUACUCUUCCCCAUAAUUACAGAAAAGGAAUUUAAAACAGUGAUUCCACCCCAAGUCUACUAUAUGGUGAAGUGCAUCUACUUUUUACUGUCAGCCUUCCAAAUUCGUUGCGGUUAUCCUUCGAGGAUUUUGGGAAAUUGUCUGUGCAAAGCCUACAGCAUGGUUAAUAUGUUCUUGUUCAAAGGGUUCAUGUUGGUGCCGUUCUUAUUCGAGUUGAGAUCCGUCAUGGACUGGAUGUGGACCGAGACUUCUAUGGGUGUAUUUGAUUGGUUGAAAAUGGAAGAUAUAUUCUCUCACAUAUUUUUGCUUAAGUGUUCUAGAAACAUGGAGGACGAAUACCCACAACCAAGAGGUACCAAGAAAGGUUAUUUAGUUAAAUACCUAAUGGGAGGAGCAAUGCUAGCCGGUAUUAUCGGUAUCAUUUGGUUCCCUCUGGUAUUUUUCUCGCUUGGCAAGGCAGUGGGCGAAAGCAACGCGCCAUAUGAUAUAACCUUGGAGCUAAGAAUCGGUCCGUACGACCCAGUGUAUCAAAUGUCAGCUCAGAGUAACGCGCUGUUCCAAUUUAAUGACAACGACUAUCAGAACAUGCUUAACCAGUUCAAGGACAAUAAAAGGGCUGAACAAAUAUUAUCAAACAAUUACGACCCAGGUGACAUCGUUGCAGCUAAAUUUAGUUGGGAUUCUGCCAAAAUAUGGAGUAUUUCGCCUCCAGAUCGUAUGAAAAUGAUCGAGGAAGUAAAUUCAACAAAGACUAUAAAAAUUAGAUUGGACUAUAAGGUAUCGCACAAAACGAGUAGUUCGACUGACUCGGGCAUAAUAUCGAAUAAUAAGGAGAUUCAACUACCGGCCAGUACGCCUAACAAGACCAAUUUGGAAAGAGAUAAUUUAUUGAAAAUGCUGGAAAAUAAAACUUCCGAACCUAUACUGUUGCAGAAAAUUUUACCGAAGUUUUUGAAAAUUACAAACACUGGUGUGGCGGAACCUUAUAACGAGAUCCUGGGUUCCAGUGACAUUGAAGAAGAGGAUAAAAAUAAUCCAACGUGGAGAAAUCUAACAUUAGUUUUACUAAGACUGAAUAAUACGCUAGACGACAAAGAGUGGUGGCAAGUUCGUGAAGAGUGUACUGAUUAUACCUACAAGCAUUAUCUGAAAGAUUUAGCGUAUGAAGAUUGUAACUCGCUGGUGAUAUACACUCUGAACGAUAAAAUAUUCCCGGAGACCUUGAGUAUCAUCACAGGAGGAGGCAUCAUCGGUCUGUACACCACCCUAGUUUUAGUAGCUUCGCGCAUCCUGCGUGGCGUUUUCGCCGAACAAGUGGCUAAAAUCAUGUUCGAAGAUCUCCCCAACGUCGACCGUAUCCUCCAGCUCACCUUGGACGUAUACCUCGUGAGAGAAGCGCGAGAAUUCGCCCUAGAAGAAGACCUAUUUGCCAAAUUGAUAUUCCUGUUCCGUUCGCCGGAGACCAUGAUAAAAUGGACCAGACCCAAGGAAGAAAUCGAAGACGAAGACGAAGAUCCCGAAGGAGAGUAAAUUUGAAAGUUACAUGUAUUUUGGGGUAACAUAACAUUUAAAAUGUCUGUCAGGGAUAAUGCUAAACUGAUUUGCAAUGAUAUAAUUGUCUAAUUGUGUUGGAGCAUUUAUUAUUGUUGGCCCAAGUUGUUUGUCUGGGUUUGGUUUUGUCACAGAGAAUCUAUAUAUUUGUUAGGUUUAAAAAAACUAUAUUUUAAGAUUUAAAUUGUAGAUAUUAUGCAACAUUUUAAAAUUUUGGCACAGAAAAAGUACCUAUUAAGCUUUUGCUUUAAAUUUUUUAAAAAUGUUUAUUUCUUCUAAAAAGAAAUUAUACAGUGUGUUUAAAAAAAUACACGGUCAGGAGGCGAUUCAUAAUCAAAAAAUAUGAAAAAAGGUUUCUAUAAACGUGGGUCUGGAAAUGCGUAGUUUUAAUGAUACGAUGUUAAACUUUUUAUAAAAAAACAUUUUCCAGUCGACUUUCUUGAAAUGUUUCAAUGUUAUGUGUAGUAAUAAUGAUAAAUUAAAACUAUUAACUUCAAAUUACCGAGAAUUAUUGAUAAAUAAUGUACGCCAAUGAUUUCUUGGACCAUAUGUCUAUCUAGAACCGAUGCCGA